AUGGGACAAUGCUGUUAUAGACAAAAUGACAAUAUCAUUACACCAGUAGAUGAUACAGAUAAUAUUCCUAUGAAUUCUUCAAUAGCGAUUGGUCAAUAUCAUUUAAUGAUUAGUUAUUCAUUGUCUGAUAGAUCUAUAUGUCAUCGAUUGGCUACUAAUUUAAUUAGAGAUGGAUUUCGUGUAUGGUUUGAAUCGAAUCCAACUGAUAAUGAAUUUGAAUUUAAUCGUAUAAUUCACAAGGUUAUUGAUAAUAGUGAUUGUGUAAUACUAUGUAUUAGUAAUACUUAUUCUCAAACAUAUCGAUGUCAAAAAGAAGUUCGUUAUGCAUCAGAUAUGAAAAAAAGAAUUAUUAUGAUAAAAGUUGAAGAUGAUUAUGUGAUGAAUGAUUGGUUAAGUUUUAUUGAACCUGGAAAAAUUCAAUUUCAACUUUCUAAUAAUGAUUUAGAUUUUAAAAAUAAUUAUCAACAAAUUCUAAAAGAACUUCGACGUAUUAUAAAGUUCCACUCACUCUCCUCUAAUCAAUCUUUACACAUGUCAAUUCCAUCGAACAAACAAUAUUUUUCUGCUAAAGAACGUAGAUAUCGACCAUUAAAUACUAAGUUUUCAUCAGAGCAACAAAUCGCACGACGAUGA